AUACCAGCUGGUGGCGGUGAUGCGCCAAUUUGUUGUUUGCCAAACGCUAAAAAAAGAAGAAGAAGAAGACUAAGAAGAAGAAGAAGAAGAAGAAGAAGAAGAAGAAGAAGAAGAAGCUAACGCUAACGAAGAAGCUAACUCUAGGUCUCUGUUUACAACCGUGGACAGGUGUUAAGAACUUGGUGUAAUGCGAGCUCCUCUGAGCUGGGUGCUGUGGGACGUGAAGGACACCCUGCUGAAGGUGCGUUCAUCCGUGGGAGAGCAGUACUGCAGGGAGGCUGAACGACUGGGCCUGAGCCUCAGCCCCGCAGAGGUGGACGCCGCUUUCCGCCAGGCAUAUCGACGUCACUCCAGCAGUUACCCAAACUAUGGCACCGCGCAGGGCCUGGCUGGAAAGUCCUGGUGGAUGGGGGUGGUGCGGGACACUUUCUCCCAAUGCAGGGUGCACGACCCGGCCCUGCUGAACACAGUCGCUCACAACCUGUAUCAUAACUUCUGCAAUGCAGAGAACUGGGAGGUGUUUCCAGACUCAAAGAAGGCCCUGGAGAGUUGUUCUUCUCUCGGACUGAGACUGGGUGUGGUGUCCAACUUUGACAGCCGUCUAGAAGCAAUUUUACAUGCUUGCGGUCUGCUGUCUCACUUCAGCUUCUUGAUAACGUCAGAGGAAGCAGGUGUAGCGAAGCCUGAUAUAGUCAUCUUUGACAAGGCACUGCAGAAAUGUGGCGUACCAGCCGCCAGCGUCGCUCAUAUUGGGGACCACUAUGUGAAUGAUUACCUCACCUCUCGGUCCGUGGGCAUCCACGGGCUCCUGUUAGACCGACACAACAAGCGACCCGAUGUUCCUCCAGAGCAUCGGCUCAGCUCCCUGGCGGCGCUGCCGUCGUGGCUUCAGAAGCACAUGGACUGAUACCAGACAAUCAUGGGCUCAAGUGCAAAGCUACUCAGUCUAACUGUGGUUCGGUGAAAGAACUCAUUGCUACAUUGCUCUUCAGUUAUCAGAUUACAUGCUCCUGACAGAAAUGUACAGAGAACAAUCCUGAAUAAUAUAUAAACUGUAGAUGUAUAGAUUGAUGUACUUUAUUGAUCCCAAACUGGGAAACUCUUAUGUACAGUGUUAAAUUAUCAUGUAUUUUUAUUGCAAAUAAAUUUUGCGCAAUAUACAGUA